ACGAGCAGAAGUACCCACACUAUCCGCUUUCCAUUCGUGUAAAGAACCUGCUGCUGUCUCCGUGGAAACACACCUGCUCUUCUUACUGUCGUCGUUGGAUACGAAAUUAUAUUCAUUCAUUUUCAUAAUGAUAUAAAAUUCAUAGUGGACCGCUAGAGGAAAAACACCAGCGUUCUCCUAGCUUCAUGGGCAAAGAGGACAAGAAGGUGUUCUGCCACCAAACUGCUAACACGAAGGCACAAAGCGUAGCGCCUCUGGACCCAGAAUGCCAGAAGAGAUACGCGGAGCUGUUCGAGCAACUGGAUUUGAAUAAAGAUGGCAGGGUUGACAUCAGCGAACUGCGAUUUGGACUGGCAGCUCGGGGUUUACACCAUGGAGAAGCAGAAGAGAUAGUGCUCGAGAGUGACAUCAACUGUGAUGGUUUGUUGGACUUUCAAGAGUUCUCCCAGUACCUGCAGGCUCAUGAGAAGAGGCUGUGGCUCAUGUUCCACAAACUGGAUCGUAACCAAGAUGGCCAAAUUGAUGUGGGGGAGAUCCAGGACUUGCUGCACCAGCUUGGAGUUGAGGUCUCCCAGGAACAGGCUGCCAGAAUACUGCAGAGUAUGGACAGGGAUGGCACCAUGACCAUUGACUGGAAGGAAUGGCGAGAUCACUUCCUGUUCAAUCCUUUCCACAACAUGGAGGAGAUUGUCCACUACUGGAAACACUCCCAUAUGUUUGACAUUGGGGAACAUUUGACGGUGCCAGAUGAGUUCUCAGAAAAGGAACGACGAUCCGGUCUGGUAUGGCGGCAGUUGGUUGCUGGAGCAAUGGCUGGUGCGGUGUCCCGGACAGGAACUGCUCCUUUGGAUCGGCUGAAAGUUUUCCUACAGGUACAUGGUUCUGAAUCUCGUGGGACAAAUCUGUGGUCUGGACUGAGAGGGAUGAUCCGAGAAGGCGGUGUUUUCUCACUGUGGAGGGGAAAUGGCACCAAUGUUCUCAAGAUUGCUCCAGAAUCUGCAAUUAAGUUCAUGGCCUAUGAACAGAUCAAGUGGGUGAUCAGAGGCAGUAAAGAAGGUGGCAGUUUAAGAGUACAAGAAAGGUUCAUAGCUGGGUCUUUGGCAGGAGCUACAGCCCAAACCAUCAUCUACCCCAUGGAGGUGCUUAAGACUCGUCUCACUUUGAGAACGACUGGACAAUAUUCAGGUAUGGCUGACUGUGCCAAACACAUCCUGAAAACGGAGGGACUGCAGGCUUUCUAUAGGGGCUACCUGCCAAAUACACUUGGCAUUAUCCCCUACGCUGGCAUCGACUUAGCUGUGUAUGAGACUUUAAAGAAUGCCUGGCUUCAGAGGUACUGUGUAGACUCUGCCGAUCCAGGUGUAUUGGUCCUCCUGGGCUGUGGUACCGUUUCCAGUACCUGUGGCCAGCUGGCUUCGUAUCCUCUCGCUCUCAUUCGAACACGCAUGCAGGCACAAGCCAGUACUGAGGGGAUCCCACAGAUGACCAUGGUGGGCCAGUUCAAAUAUAUCAUAUCCCGUGAAGGAGUACCUGGUCUGUAUCGUGGUAUUACACCAAACUUUCUCAAAGUCAUACCUGCUGUUAGCAUCUCCUAUGUGGUUUAUGAGCACAUGAAGAAGACCCUUGGGGUUGGUUACUAAUUUAAGACCAGGAGUAAGGAUGGACAAAGAAAGCAAAGACUCAUACAACUUGUGGGACAAAAAAGAAGACAAGACACAAGAAGCGAUCCAUAAGAAGUGAUAGGAAGGAUAGGAAUGUUUGUGGAGCAAACCCCAUACUAGUGGUACAUUACUUUGUUUGGGAGUAUAUGUACUGUUUUUUUGCCUCUUAAAAAGCUGCUCAUUACUACGUAAUUAAACAGAGCAUGGGAACUGGGCAGCAUACUAAGGAAUGUUGGAAUUAUUACUUGACAUAGAAUGGAAUUGCAGCUGAAUUUGAAUGACUUUUAUGAUUAUGAUGAUGCAAAAGGUUGAAGUUUUGUCAUGAAAUGAAAUGUUUAUUGUAUGCUUUUACUCAAUGUUACCAGCUGCUCCAACUUAUUUACUGGCAUGAAACUAGAACCUAGUUCUUUAUGCAUUAUGGAAUGUUUACAGAGAUCGUUUGACUUUAUUUCCAUACAGGGGGAUUUGAAAAGUUGAUUUCUUGCACUUAAGCUUCAGCCAAAAAAUGCUAUUGUGUGUAUUUGUGCAUGGAUUUUUUUUGUUUUGUUUUUCUGUUUCCUGAGAGAGACUGUAUGCAGUGAGGUCCUCCAGCUGCCUGGGCGCCAACAUUCCAACAUAUUGACACUUUCACUCUUUUUUUUUCAAAAUAAAUGUAUUAAUUUUUGCUGUUUUGUGGUUAACUACGGCUUGCUAUUAGUUUUAAAAAGGCACAUUGAAUCAAAUUUUACCUACUCUUGGCCUAUAAAUUUUCAUUUUCAUGUAUAAAUGUGGCUAUUCAGAAGACAGUGAUAUGUAGUAUUCUACACUAGUCACUAGGUGUCGGUAAUGUUACUCUGAUGAGACAAUAGGAAGUACACUGUCCAGAAGUACAUUGUCUGGACAGGGAGUAACUUUACACUGUCCAGACAAACACAAGGAACUCUCCCAAUGCUAAUGUGUGAGCCUAUGUUAUGUGUUAUAUGUCUAAUGCAUCUUAUUUUUUGUUACUAUGUCUACUAUACUGGGUAAUACAAGUGUAAAGGUGACUAUAGAAGUGUUCUUUAAUGUCAAGAGGGCUCUAAACAUAUUUCAAAAGAUAUUUAAGUUUGUAAACAGCUUACUGCAAAAAUAUAGCAUUUAUAAGGAAAGAAUCCUACUUCACUGAAAUAGACUUAUCACAGUCAAGUCUGAAAUCAACUAGCCAUGAUAAGCGAGGGAUGACUAUAUAGCCUGCCUCUUAACACACAUACACACACUCACAUAUUAAUUAUGUUUGUUGUCAGCUGAUGAUAGUGAUUUAGCAAUGUUUGGCUACUAACGUUAGCUGUCAUUGAAUGUAUACCAUAUCGUAACAACUUCAAUGCAAAUGUUGGUUGCUUCUCUGAGACUGCUUUUGUGUGUGUGAGUGUGAACAUGCAAAGGACAUGUACAUGUAUGCCAGCAGCUGUUUUUAUGCAGGUUAAUUCAGAAUUGUGAAAAAUGUAUAACAUACUGUACAAUGUGUUUUUUUGCCACUACUUGUAACAUCUACACAACCAGAAUUGGUGGUGUUGUUGUAUUUUUUGGUUUCACAAAAUGUCAUUUGAAGAGAGUUGCUUACAGUCCCUUUAACUGUUGAGCAUAUAUAUAUAUAUAUAUAUAUUAGCUAGUUUUACCCUACUGAUCUCUUAGUAUGAUGGCAACUAUAAGUAUAAUGACCAACUAAAAAAUAGUUUUACAGGUUUUUACUCAAUAUGGUGCCCAAAAAGUACAUGAAUAGAUCACAAUUUCAACAAUAAAACUAUAAGUGUCAAACAUCGAACCUCAUAGAGUAUGUGAACUUUGGGCCGCUUUUUUGUUUGAGGAGUCUUUACUAUUUACUGUGUAUCAACCUCCUCAACCUGUGUGAAAUCAAACAAAAAUGGGACACAGAAUGAAACGCUACAAAACCAAAUGUCCGAUACGCUAUAAUUUUCCUCAACUUUGUCGUAUGAAGCUUGCUUUUCCGUCCCUGAUCAUUAUAUAGCUCCUUGUCCAUUUGUAAAGAAACCCCCCUUUGCUGUGUAUAAAAGCGUUGACUUCACAGGGAUGCUGUGACACAGUCCCUUGGAUUACCAUGAUGCAUCACCAGAAAGGGUAGAGAAACCAUUGGAAUCAUUUUGACAAUGCAAGUGGUUCGAGACUUAUGGUUGUUUCUAGUCCUGUCUCUGGUGACAGCUUCAGUGUCAACAUGGUUUUAAUGAAGUAAUAGUUGUGCUGUAUUAUACAGUAGUUGGAGAAGCUCUGCAACAGUUGCAUGUAAAGAGUUGAUAUAUCCAUAGACAAAGAAUGUUCCCUUUUAUGUAUGGCUGCGACUGUAUAUUCUACAUUACUAUUAAUAUUUCUACCUACUUGAAACAAUGGAUGCCAAUCUCCAACAUGUCGCAUCAUAUGUUUAAACCAUGGAUGCAUGUUAUGUAGUCAGCUGUGGGUGGACAUUUAUUUCAUUCUUCUAAAUAUUUGAACUCAAAAGAAAGACAAAGUGAAAUUAUUGAGGCUACAAAUACUAUAGAAUUGUUCGGGAACACUGGUCAACUUCCAAGUGGUUCUUUUCCAUAACAUUUUGGUGACUUUAUUCCAGCUUCAAACAAUACAAAGCUAAUGACUAAUUAAAACCAAAAUACAGGAAAGUGAUACUCAACAUAGCUGGUUUUGAACUGUAAAAAGACCUACACCAGUGGUUGGGAACGUUUGGCUUUAAGACAGCAAAUUAAAACUCUCUUGAAGCCUCUUUGAGACCUUCCCCUAUGUGAGAAUGUUUUUAACUUUAAAGAAAACUCUGCUGCACAGACAUUAUAAAAUUUGACAGCUGGUUUACUGUCAUUCAUAAGGGCAAAAAAGAAAUGCAGUUUGUUAUAAUCAUGAGUAUCUAUAUCAGUUAUUUAAUUUCCUCAUGUGGUGUACGGCAGUCACUGUCAACCUGAAUAUGAAAAGCGCAUGGUAUAAAAAUAAAGCUUUUCAAAAAUUA